CCGCCGCCGCUGCCGCCGCCGCCGCCGCCGCCGCCGCCGCCGCCGCUGCCGCGGGUGCCUCUGCUGCUACUGCAGCCCGAGCAUCCGGGAGCCGUCGCUGUCGCCGCCACAACCGCUGCUUCUACCGCUGCCACCUCCCCUCCCAGGACCCCGAAACACCCUGAGCGCGAGCGGCGGCUGCUGCUUGCUUGCUCCCCUUCUGCCCCCGCCCCUCCCUUCCGUGACCUACCCACUCCUUGCAGCCCUCGCCCGCACCUUCUCCAACACCCCGGCAUCCCUGCACCACCUGCUCGGGCAGCCCCGGCGGGCUCUGGGACUUGCUGUGAGCGCAGAAAGGAAGGCAGGCUCCGAACCCGUGCCUGGUUGACGGGCUGUCGCGGCUGCACCACAGCCGGAGGAGGAGAAGAAACUAUUUCGCCCACCGAAACCCCAUUCUGCGGGUGCUUCGCAGCUGCCGCUUCUGCUGCCUCCAAUCCAGUCCGAGGGUUCGAUCACCGCAGCGGCGGGGACCGUGCGUCCAGCAGGCGCCGGGAGGACACCGGCGGAUCCCUGCACUCUGGUGUCCCACUCACCAGCAUCUCCUUGCCCCCUCGUUCCUUCCCUAACCCAUUAGAGAAGGGACCAUGAUUUGGAAACGCAGCGCCGUUCUCCGCUUCUACAGUGUCUGCGGGCUCCUGCUACAAGCGGCUGCUUCAAAGAAUAAAGUUAAAGGCAGCCAAGGGCAGUUUCCACUAACACAGAAUGUAACCGUUGUUGAAGGUGGAACUGCGAUUUUGACCUGCAGGGUUGAUCAAAAUGAUAACACCUCCCUCCAGUGGUCAAAUCCAGCUCAACAGACUCUGUACUUUGAUGACAAGAAAGCUUUAAGGGACAACAGGAUUGAGCUGGUUCGAGCUUCCUGGCAUGAAUUGAGUAUCAGUGUCAGUGAUGUGUCUCUCUCCGAUGAAGGGCAGUACACCUGUUCCUUAUUUACAAUGCCUGUCAAAACUUCCAAGGCCUAUCUCACUGUUCUGGGUGUUCCUGAGAAGCCUCAAAUUAGCGGAUUUUCAUCACCAGUCAUGGAAGGAGACCUGAUGCAGCUGACUUGUAAAACCUCUGGUAGUAAACCUGCAGCUGAUAUAAGGUGGUUCAAAAAUGACAAAGAGAUCAAAGAUGUAAAAUAUUUAAAAGAAGAGGAUGCAAAUCGCAAGACAUUCACUGUCAGCAGCACACUGGAUUUCCGAGUGGACCGGAGUGACGAUGGCGUGGCUGUGAUCUGCAGAGUAGACCAUGAGUCCCUCAAUGCCACCCCUCAGGUGGCCAUGCAGGUGCUAGAAAUACAUUAUACACCAUCAGUUAAGAUUAUACCAUCCACUCCUUUUCCACAAGAAGGACAGCCAUUAAUUUUGACUUGUGAAUCCAAAGGAAAACCACUGCCAGAACCUGUUUUGUGGACAAAGGACGGUGGAGAAUUGCCAGAUCCUGACCGAAUGGUUGUGAGUGGUAGGGAGUUAAACAUUCUUUUCCUGAACAAAACGGAUAAUGGUACAUAUCGAUGUGAAGCCACGAACACCAUCGGCCAAAGCAGUGCAGAGUAUGUUCUCAUUGUACACGAUGUUCCCAACACUUUGCUUUCCACUACUAUCAUCCCCUCCCUUACCACUGCAACAGUCACAACCACUGUAGCCAUAACAACCAGCCCAACCACAUCUGCAACAACCAGCAGCGUAAGAGAUCCCAAUGCUCUGGCUGGCCAGACUGGCCCUGAUCAUGCUCUUAUAGGAGGAAUAGUGGCUGUAGUUGUAUUUGUCACACUAUGUUCUAUAUUUCUGCUUGGUCGAUAUCUGGCAAGACAUAAAGGAACAUACUUAACAAAUGAAGCUAAAGGGGCUGAAGAUGCACCAGAUGCUGACACAGCCAUUAUCAAUGCUGAAGGCAGCCAAGUCAAUGCUGAAGAGAAAAAAGAGUAUUUCAUUUAAAAUGCAGGCCAAGAUUAUGAGUUUUCUUUACCAGGCUGGCUGCUGGAGAAAACUGGCUAUCAUCUUUCAGAAUUCAUUUCUACCAUCUUCUGCUACCUUUAUUAACUUCCAUACCGUACUGCUAUCAGUAGCCAGUGUAUACCAACAAUCAGCUGUCGAAAGCAUCAUUCUUUAAUUAUUGUACCAUUCAUAAUGCAGGACAUUUCUUACUGCCUAAAUUCCACACCAUUGCUCUUUUAACAUACAGUGCUUGAAUAUACAGCCUUAACAAUGUUAAUCAUCUCCUUGGAUCAUGGUAUUGAAUUGUUUUUAUACGUUGAAAAAGUAUGCAAAGGUGUUUUUUUUUUUUUACCCUCAUUUUUUUUCCCUUUAAAUCAUAAAUUUUGUCAGUGUACCACUGGACAGUUUUCACAAGGAACAGGAUUAGGUAAAGACCUAAUGCAUCUAAGUUUAUUCAGAAAUUAGAGGUUUACAACAAUGUUUUCUACAUGUCUGCCUUCAAAGACAUGUUUGGAAACAUACGCCCUAGAAAACACAACUGAAAAUACUGUAGAAUAGAUUCUGGAAUGUUUGAGAUAAUAUUGGUGAAGCUGUAUCAAUUUGCUAUUUAAAAAUAUAGUAUUUGAUACAGGAGCCAUGUGUGUAUGCAUUGCAAUCAUGAUAUGACAUCUUAUAUAAUUAUAUAGAUCUGACCAUUAGGUUAUUUUAGUUUCAUUUACCAAAACAUUUUUACCAACAUUUUACUGCUUCAGGAAUCACAAAGAUUUCAUUCAUUUUUCUAAUUUGAUUCUAUAAUUUAUUUGCUCCAUAAAGACUCACCUGCCUAAACAAAAUUGAAGUAUCCAUAGGGCACAAUUUUGAGACAUUUAGUAUCUGUAUAUAGUGCAUAUAAUAAAUCCAAUUAAACAUUAUUUGAUACAUAUUUAACUUUUUUGGCUGUAGGUAAUUCAGUCAUAAGUAAGCAUUUUCUAAUGUCCAUUAUAUCCCUUUAGAUAUUACUUAAACCAAUAUUAUAAGUAGAUAACAUGUAUUAGUAUUUUUGUCUGUAUGUCCUAGCACUGUUCAACAACAAAUUUUUCUAGUUCUUGUUAAUUUUUAUUUGUUAUACAAUGGAAGCACAAUGUUAUAAGGAAAGGUAAUUUUAAGCUAACAACCAGUGCACAGCCUCAGGUUUUAAAUUACAACCACAGUUGAAUAAUAACCUAAAAGUAAACUCUUAGUUUGCUAAAAAUUUACAAAUUUUAAUUUGGCAGUUCCAGAGCUGCUUACCUAUGUUGGUUUGCCAAAAAGAAGUGUUUAAGACAUGUUUUCUGUAUAAAUGAACUAAUUCUUUAUAUUAAAUUCCUGUCUAUGCAUUUUGUGAGGUACAAACUUAUGAACAGUUAGUGAUGGAGAAUUUCUGCCAUGCUUUUAACUCCAAGGUGAAAGUCUCUUUCUCUGGAUUAUUUCUGAAAUUUUGGUGUAUUUACCAUUAAGAAAUGCUGUAUUCUUAAAUAUGACAGAGUCAAUCUAAAGUCAUAUUAUUUCUUCUAGUAAAAUACAAUACUGCUAGAUUAGUUCUCAUUAAAUUUAUUACAUGCUAAAAAUUAAAAAUCCAGUUAGAUAAAAAUUAUUUUCCCAUUCACAAGCAUUGCACCUUUAAGAAGAAAACAAAUAUGACAAUAUGGUAGCUACACUUGUGAUGUCUGAAAGUAUGAUGGCCUAUGGUUUUAAAAAUAAUAUCUUGGAAUUUAUUUUUGGGAAAUGAGAAUGGUUGAGUAUGACAUCAUGUAUUAAUAUCAAAUGGAAGACAAGGGUGCUGUAUCUUAGAUUAUUUAUCAGAAAAGUAUAAACUUUUAAAGACUACGUUAGAACUUUUAAAUUGUUUUUUUUUGAUUGUUGAAAGCAUUUAUCUUGUUGAUUUCUCACAAAAGAAAAAGGACGAUGUCAGUCAAGCAGCACUUUUUCAGAAUAUACAGAACAUAAAUAAUAUGAUGUGGUUGAGUGUUAACAUAAUAAAUCAUAUACAGUAUGACAUUUUAAGGAAAUAAGUCUGCAUUGAUGUGAUUGCAUGCUUGUUUUUACAGUUCACUCCAUACCAUCUGUGGAAAAAUGCAAUAAUAUGUUAAUAUAGUAUGGUAGUUUGAGAGAAUCAGGUAGGUGCUACUAGACACAUUGAAACUAGAAUAGGUUUAUAAACUGUUCAUAUCUUUCAAUGCAUAAUCUUUAGAAAGACUCCACAAAACAAAAUCCAUCCUGUUAGUACACAAUGGAAAGGUUCUUAUUACAGAAGUAAGUUGUAUAAACUGCAUCAUCAAUUACUAUUUAAAACUUAAUUUCAGGAUGCACUUACAAAAUUGCUACUCUUCAUAGAUGCUGUAUUUACAUCCCUUUUCAUUUUGUCUAUAUUCUACUUGCUCCAACUGCUAAAUUGUUGCCUAAAUAACUCAAUCAUUAUUUAUAGCACUAUAAAAUUAGAAAUCAAAAAUUGGUUGUAUUUCAAAAGUUUUGACUCUUUUAACCCUUUAGAGUAAUAUAAAAAGUCAAUAGAACUCUUUAAAAGAAACUAAUAUAUUAUGAUUUGUGGGCUCUAAUGAAAUAUUUAGCCAGUUAAAAUAGUUAGAUUUGAAUUAGGUAUCAUUUUUAGUUCUUGAAAAAUAUAGCAAUAGAGCUGUAUUUUACUCUCUUUAAAAUUUAUUUUAUUUCCACCAAACAAGGGAAUAGAUUAUAAAAAUUCUACACAUUUCUAUAAAAAUCAGGAAAAAAUACAAAAAUGGGACCAUGUCAAUUGCAAUGUGUGAAAUGUGCACAUGUGUAUGCACAGAGCCAAAUUCUGUCUCUACUUAUUGAGCACAGUAGCUAUGGAACUGAAUGGAAGGAGUGUGAACACACAUAUACCCCUAGUAGAGUAUGAAACAUUAUUCUUUACCCAAAGUAGCUAUUCUCUGCCAGUGUACUGUUUACAGUGUAAAUUAAUUGUCCUCCAUCAAAAAAGUGUAAACAGCAUUAUUUUUUUCCCAUUUUUGAGUGUCCUAGAUGGGAUGAUUAUUCAAAUUAGGAAGAAAAAGGAAAGUUUAUGAAUGCAAGAGCAAAGAUCGAGCACAUGAGCACAUGACGUGUGUGUUUGUGUGGGUUUGGCUGUGGCUGUGCGUGUGUGAGAGAGAAAGAGAGAUUUCAACUUGUUUUCUUUUACCAGAGAACCCAAGAAGCAGUUUAAGGAACCUGAUAUUGGAGUUUAAUCUAGAAACUGGAUGAUCUCAUAUUGAUUCAAGAUGCUUAAUAUUGCAUUGAAACCCAACAAUUAAAAUAGAGAAAGAAAACUAACUUUCCUAAAUAUGGCAAAGAAGCUAACACCUCAUUUAUUUUUAUUUCUUUGUAAAAAUAUAAAUAUCUCAGUAAAAAGGACAGGCUCACUUGUAAUUAUGUACUCAUGACUGUAACAGCAUUGAGAUUCCAUAUAGGCACAUGUACAGCAGCUGUUUGACCGUGAUGGUUCUUCCAUGUAACAUACCAGUUAACGUGUAAUUUAGUGCCACUUACUGCAAAGUGUUACCAAGGGGAACAUUUAAAGUACAUUUUAUUUUCCUUUGGACAUAAGAAUAAUUUUAUGAAUGAUAAAUAUGAAAUUCAUGUUAUGUUUUUUAAUUGUGAAGAAAAUGCAAAACCUCGUAACUUUCUGCAACUUCCCCAUUGUAUUGCGGAUUACUUAGAGCCCACAAAAAAUGCCCAAUAUUAUCUCCCUUUGCAAAUGGUAAUCUGUGAUGAAUAUACAAAGCAAAACAAACAAACAAAAAAACUGGAAACCACAGCUGAAAGAAAUGAAACACCUAAUAAGAAUUACUGAGUAAUGCUUUUUAUUAAGUGGCACAAAGUACACACUAAAAACUAUGCAAAAUAUAGGUAACUACAGUGUACGUACAUGUAAGUAUCUUGUACUUGCUGUGUAUGGAUGUUGGAAACCCAUGUAAUUAUAAUAUGCAUUUUGAAUAUUGGGAAAGAGGAAAUCUUAGUGUAGAUAAUAGAAUUUGUUUUGAAAUAUACACUGGCAAUAUUGAAAUAUACUCAGUGCAAUAUCUGCAAUUCUAUUGCUGGAUACUAAUGCAAAGGGAUUUUAAAGAAUUCUUUAACACAAUCCGAGAGGUUGCUAAUCUUCACCUCCCACACACUAAAACAUUAAUUAAAAAUAUAAUUGAUUCAACAACAAACACUUUAAGUUUUUCUUAUUUAAUCAUGAAUGUGACACAAUAAAAUUAUUUGGCCUAGUUUUUAACACUACUGGAGACAAAGAAAUAACCUGAGUUGUAAACUUUGAUAACUAAUUGAAUUUGAAAUUCUUAAACUUUUUUGAAAUGUGUGUAUAUUUUAAUCGAUUACGGUACUUUUAUUAUAAGUACACAUUUAUUCAAUCAAAGAACAUAGAUUACCAUUAAUUAAUAGUUAAAGUCACUAUAUCUUAAUGGGGAUUUUUUGGGACUUUUUUUCUGUUGUUUUUUUUCCCCUUUUCUCUCCCUAUUCUGUCCCAGACAUACCCUUUGCACUUAUACCCUUCCAAAGGCAAUGGAUUGAAAGAAAAUAGCAAAAUUAUAGAGAGCUAAAGGGGACAACAUACAAGAAUGGGUUCUAAACUCAUCAGCAUUUUUAUGUAUUGAGAUUAUUAAUAUUGAAUGCAAUAGUUAUUGGAUAUAGCUGGUAAGUUCUCUGCCAUGCAUACUUACAAUAAUCCUUCUACCUCUCACUUUUAACAUGGGCUAUGAUAUAGAAGAAAUAAUUAUUUACAGGAUAUCCCAGGAAGCACUCUUUGGGACUAACAUUCAGUCCUCUCCCCAGCCCCUGGGAAAUCUCAAAAGCCAAUUUCUUUUAUUGUAUUCAAUGGUGUAUGGAUUUGCAUUUGUUUUUCCUUUCCUAUCAUUAACUUUUCCUAUAGGCAAAAUAUGCUAACUUUAUAAGGAUAGUUCUUCUCAUGCCUACUUAGUAUUUCAAUGUAAUAUAAGUGUGUUGAUUUUUAAAAAAUAAUUUAAAUGGCAACACUUUGGAAUCCAAUCUUACAUUUCAUUUAAUAUUUAAAAUGCAACAGUUUCUUAUAAAUCAAUGCUGUACUUUUAAGUAAAAAUUAUGUAUGUGAUUUAUUUUCCCAAGAACUGUUAUCUAUGUAAGACAAAAAUUUAAGUAUUUAAAAUUGCCUCCUUAUUAACACAUAAUAUCUGAAUAAUGAAUGCAAAGUAUUGCGACAAAUGCCCACUUUAUUCUGUCUGCUUAGACAUAAUAUGAAUUUUUCAAAUGAUGUAAUUUAAUUAUUCUAAAAGGAAAUUACAUUUUAAAAGCAAUUUUUCCUAAGGA